CGCGGCUCUGCCUGCCCCGCGGUUCCCGCUUCUUACAACACACCCCCGGUCGCCUCGGGUCGGCCUCUCCCCACUCCGCCGCCGCUCCGCUCGCCCUCAUUUCCUCCCUCCCUCCUCCUGCUCUCACCUCUCUCCCAGUCAAACCCGCCUCGGGCGCAAACUGAUUUCGGCUCCUCGGCACUGAAACCUCGCGUGCGCGCUCCAGGACCAAGGGUUCUGAUUGGGGGCCGUUUCUCCAGCGUUCUUCGGCAGAUUGACGGUGGGGAUUUGGUCCAGUCCAAGCGACAUGUUUGUGGGAGGAAUGUUUCGUGGGUGAUGUGGCUUGUUUCGGGAGUUAGAGGCUCGUGUUUGUGCAUUCCGUUUGUGAUAGUACUAGAUGGUUGGAGUUGGGUGAUUUGGCCGAUGCGUGGUGGCGUCUGCCCGGACAUGUAAAUGUGUUCCCGUCGGGGAGCACAUGCGUCAUCCAUCAAUGCAUGCCACGGCUAUUUUGCAUCAUGGAGAGUACAGACAACGAUGAGAAAAAUCUUGUUGUCACUGAAGAGUGUACUAGUCCUGGAGAAAAUUGUGAAGAUGAAGGGGAUUUAUCAAGGAAAACAGAAAUGUUAAAUGUAGAAGAAUCAACAAAUUCUUCGAAUGUGGGUUUAAGCAAUGAGUCAGAAGCACAGAUCGAAGAGGGAGGUAACUCAGAGAAGCACUUAAAUGGACAGAUGAAUGAAAGCACAAGUUCAGAUGCCAUGGAACCUUUACACUCAAACCAGAUCACAAAAGAGAUUCUUGCUGAAGACAAAUCUGAAGAGCCAGUGUUUGAUGGUACUGAGGUUCCUGAAAUGGAAGAAAUGAGGCGUUCUUCCAAUCAGUCUGUGGAACUUGACUCAGAGGCUCAAGGUUCUGUAAUCAAUGAGCGGGCUAUUGCAAUCAAGAAUUUUGUUAAAGAAAAGAGUGUCAUUGCAGUUUCAACAUUUAUGCGGCGCCUUUCUGGCAAAAAGGACGAGAAUGAGUUUAAGGUUGAGGUUGACAAGAGUGAUGGUUCAAAAUGCAUCGACAGUGAGAAGACUGGGUCUGAUUCUGAACCUAAACCUAAAGAGGUACAGCAGAAAACCGACGAAAGGACUGCUUGGAAUCCACUAAACUUGAUCAAAAUUGGACGAGAUUUUGAUACUUUUAUAACUGGGGAAGCAGGGCAUAAAGAUGCGCCAGAUUUGUCAGAGCAAUCAAAAGUGAAGGGUAGGAUUAUAAUAUACACAAAACUGGGGUGUGAAGAUUGCAAAAUGGUUCGUCUAUUCUUGCACCAGAAAAGGCUCAAGUAUGUUGAGAUCAACAUUGACAUCUUCCCUAGCAGAAAGUUGGAGUUGGAGAAAAAUACCGGAUCAUCCACUGUACCAAAAGUUUAUUUUAAUGACCAGCUGAUUGGAGGAUUAGUUGAGCUGAAGAAAAUGGAAGAUUCUAGCAUACUUGAUGAGAAUAUCGGUGUACUUUUCAAAGAAGAACCCUCAUCUUCUGCUCCCUUACCUCCCUUACCUGGAGAAGAUGAUGAAUCUGGAAGUGGGAAGAUGGAUGAGCUGGCAACCAUUGUCAGAAAGAUGAGAGAGUCAGUCACUCCUAAAGAUAGAUUUUAUAAGAUGAGAAGAUUCAGUAACUGCUUUCUUGGUAGCGAAGCGGUCGAUUUCUUAUCAGAAGAUCAGUAUUUGGAAAGAGAUGAGGCAGUGGAAUUUGGAAGGAAGCUUGCAAGCAAAUACUUCUUUCGUCAUGUUCUAGAUGAAAAUGUCUUUGAAGAUGGAAAUCACUUAUAUCGUUUCCUGGAUCAUGAACCCAUAGUUAUGACUCAGUGCUACAACAUCCCUAGGGGCAUUAUUGAUGCUGCACCAAAGCCCAUUGCUGAAGUGGCAUCAAGGUUGAGAUUGUUAUCUUAUGCCAUUUUUGAAGCUUAUGUAUCUGUGGAUGGUAGACAUGUCGACUACAGAAGCAUCCAGGGCUGUGAGGAAUUUAAAAGGUAUAUUAGAACAAUUGAGGAGCUCCAGAGGGUUGAAAUUGAUGACUUAUCACGUGAAGAAAAGCUAGCUUUCUUCAUAAAUCUCUACAACAUGAUGGCUAUUCAUGCAUUGGUGACAUGUGGCGUUCCUGCUGGACCACUGGACAGGAGAAAGUUUUUUGGAGAUUUCAAGUAUGUCAUUGGUGGAUGUGCUUAUUCACUGUCAGCAAUCCAAAAUGGUAUUCUACGUGGCAACCAAAGGCCACCAUACAACAUUGCCAAACCUUUCGGACAGAAAGACCAAAGAUCCAAGGUGGCCCUUCCGUACCAUGAACCUCUUGUUCACUUUGCUUUGGUAUGUGGCACCAAAUCUGGACCUGCACUUAGGUGUUACUCACCAAGAGAUAUUGAUAAAGAAUUGAUGGAAGCUGCACGUGAUUUCCUAAGGAAUGGUGGACUGAUUAUUGAUCGUGAUGCCAAAGUCGCAUCUGCAAGCAAGGUUUUAAAAUGGUAUAGCACAGAUUUUGGCAAGAACGAGACGGAAGUGCUGAAGCACGCCGCAAACUAUCUUGAGCCUGCACAGUCAGAGCAGCUCUUGGAACUUCUUGCGAGCACUCAGCUGAAAGUCGUGUACCAACCCUACGACUGGAGCAUAAACAUCUAGACGCAGCUUGAUGUGCAUCCGCAUGAUGUUCCGGUUACAUUUGCAUACCUGUUGCACAAAGUUCCGUGGAUCCUUGCCGCUCAUGUGCAUCUAGACGCAGCUACGACUGGAGCAUAAACCAACCCUUUCUGAAGCCGGGUGCACCUCUGACAGAGCGUUCUUAUAUUGGGGCAAAAUGAUGAGUACCAAAUGACCUGCUAUAUAUUGCGUUGGUUUGACUGGAUGAGCGUUUUGAACCAUUAACGCGGCCUUCCCCAAUUGGUGAUACUCAAAUUAUUUGUAAUUGCUGCUAUUCAGUGUCCUGCAGAUUUUCAGAUAGGUACGGUGGUGGUGGUGGUGGUGGUGUUAGGAGCAGAUGCUAGCUCGUAGAGCUUUACAGAAGAGAGGUAUGCAGGUUAUUCUUGAUUCGGCCGGUGUCUCGAGCGCGCGACCCCUGGCUGAUCACCUUCACGGCAGGCUACACCCAGAUUGAAUGGGAAUUCGUGUGUUGCACUGCAUAAUCGCACCGGCGCGCCACGUGGAGAGAGCGUGCGUGCGCCCGUGCACGCCGGGAUGGAAAUUGGACGUGGAUAAUCGACACUGUCCGAUUUCAUCUCUGACAAAACCAUUCGAGAGACACUGUGUGCUUGCCACAAAUGACCCCUCCUGCUCAUCUUCUUCGUGAAGCUCGCGACUUCGCGAGCUUCAGUGUCGCUCCACCCGUUGCAGCCUCUCCACCCGUCUCUUUCUCCUUGUCCUGCGUGAAGACAAGGAGCUGUAGCAGUCCACAAAUGCUAACUCUAUCCUUUUGGUAUCGUUGUUGCCA